CCCCCCCCCCCCCCCACCAGCGCACGGCCCCGCCCCUCCCCUAACGUUCCCAAGCCUGGACUCCCCUGGCCAACAGUGGGUCCAUGCUGCGGGUCACUGACGUCACAGCUGCAAGUCAGCUGACGCUCGGCAGCCAAUCACCGUCGGACGGUCACGAGGAGGCAGCGUCGACAUCCAGUGAGGAGAGGCUACAGGACGGAUUCCUCCUGUCUCACAGCUGCCCCCUGUGCGAGGAAAUCUGCGACUCGGCCCGUGACCUCACCUCUCACAUCCGCCAACACAAUGGCGGGGUGAGCACGCCCAGUGGGAAUGCGUGCGGGAUCUGCGGCAAGUUCCUGAGUUCCGCGAGCUCGCUCGAUCGGCACAUGCUUGUGCACUCCGGGGAGAGGCCGCACCGCUGCCCCGUUUGCCAGCAGGCGUUCACUACCAGCGGAAACAUGCAGAGGCACCUGAAGAUUCACGAGAAGGACCCAGGACCCAGCCUGUCUCCGGCACGGGCGUCUAUGGCAAACGCCAGCAGUGCUGCCGAGCCAAGCCCGGAGCAGCCAUCCUGCCAGAUUACCGAGGUGUGCGUGUCCCUGGACGCUGGCUCCUCCGCGGGCCCCGUGGGGGACGCGAACCGGAAGGACGUUCCCGCGAGGCCGAGGCCUCGCCGCCCGUCGGCCCGGAAGAGGGCGAGCGCCGACGUCGUGGAGGCCGGAGCUCCGCUGCUCCUGAAGAAGCCCCGGCACAAAAUGAGCCUGGAAGUUGGCGAAGACUCCAGACACUGUCCCGUCUGCCUCAAGGCGUUCGUCUGUGAGCUCGGAGUGGAUUCGCACCUUGCCACACACUCCCCACCCGCACAGCUCAGGUGCCGCCACUGCAACGCGCCGUCGGUCCGCACGCCGCGCAGCUUCCUGCGGCACGACUCGAGCGCCCGCCGGCAGCACGAGAACGGCACGGCCAACGGCGUCGACUCCUCCUCCUCCUCCUCCUCCUCGUCCUCGUCGUCGUCGUCGUCCUCCUCCUACACGGCCAACGCAGUUCAGUUCUCGGUCGGGGUGGAGGGAGCGGAGGGGAUCCACGCGACGGUGGGACACGGGCAGGCGGGCGCGAACUCCGUGCCCGUUGGCUUCCGCGACCUCAGCUUCAUCGACUUCAGCUGCGACAAGUUCCCCAAGAUCGCACAGGUGUGGUGCGAGCGGAACGUGCGACGCUGCAUCAGCCGCUACCACCGCUUCGUGUGCGACGACUGCGGCAAGGCCUUCCCGGUCAUGGCGGCGCUCUCCCUCCACCGCGACAUCCGCCACCCGGCGUCGGCGCGCACGCCCAGCAAGCGCUCGGCAAAGCGGCUCCCCCCCGCCCCCGCGCCUGCGGCCCCUGCCACGGUGGACGUGGAUGACGGCCCCGUCGAGCAGCUCUCGUUCCUGGCGUCGCUGAACCUGCGGCCUUCUCUGGAAAACGACGGCGCGGCGACACCGGCGAAGCGCGAGAAGCCGUCAGCUCGCCUCUCCCCUCCGCCGGCGCAGCCGCAGUCCCCGUCGCCCAGCGAGGCUCCGUCGGGCGCCGCCGUCUUCCUGGGCCUCCUGUCGCUGUGCCCCGUCGCGUCGCCCGAGCAGAGGCCCAAGCGGCCCAACCCUGGCCGCUCGCGCCAGGGCACGGUGAUGCAACAGCUGCAGCUGGUGCAACAGCACCAUCAGCACCAGCACCAGCAGCAGCAGCAGCAGCAGGCGGCGGUGCGGCACGCGCAAGUGGAGGGGGACGGCGCCGUCUCGCUGGUGCAAGGCGGCGUCGUGCUGCGCGGCGCCGAGUUCACCGUCCGCGCCGCCGGCGGCGCCGCCCGGCGCCCGAGGCCGGGGCAGCCGUCGCCGUGUCCCGACGACGGGGACCCUUCCCCGCAGAAGGGCUUCAUCAUCCGUCCCGACAGCAGCAUGGUGGUGGUGCCCAUCGUGUGCGAGUCGGCCUCCGAGCUGGGCUGCGCCGGCGGCGGCGGGCGGCAGCAGCAGCGCCAGCAGCAGCAGCAGCAGCAGCACGGGCGCGGCGGCGGCGGCGGCGGCGACGGAACCGGCGAAACCAACCCCGUGUCCAAGCUGACGGAGAUGUGCGAUCGCGCGCUGGUGGACGUGGGGACGGCCGAGCCGUCGCCCUCGGGGGCCGCCCCGUUCCUGACGCCGCCUCCGCCGCCGCUCUCCAAGGUCGCCCCGCCGAGGGGGGAGGAGGGCGAGCUCCCGCCGUCGCUGGCGCCGCGCCCGGCGGCCCGCCUGCGCCCGAUGCCGCAGCUGAAGCCGAAGCCGCCCCCUCCACCGCCGCCGCUGGCCGCUCGCUGCGCCUCCCCGACAGACGCUGCCGAGGACGACGCGUCCUCGGCAGCGUCGUCGCCGGUCGUGCUGCCGCCGCUGCCGCCGCUUCCGCCUCUUCCGUCGUCGGGCAGCCUGCUGCCGCACCGGGAGGACGCGCGCUCGCCCUGCAGGGCGGACGGCCGCCGGGCGCAGGAGAUACUGCGCAGGGUGCUGGAGCAGGGUGUCGUGUCGGCGUUGGACGGCGCCGGCUGCGGCGGCGGCGGCGGUGGCGCCGGCGCCGAACUGUCGGAGCCCUCCGCCCGCUCGUUCCGCCCGACGGAGCGCAAGCCAUCGCCGAACCUGCGGCGCGUGCUCGAGGCGACCGACUCGUUCUGCUGGGCCGAGAACGCCGAACGCUUCCUGGGGCGCGAGGUGAAGCAGGAGGAGAGAGGCGGUAACGGCGGCAACGGCGGUAACGGCGACACCGCCGCCGGCGCCGGGGAGGCCCAGCAGCUGCUGCUGCUACGGCGGCGGCGGGAGGACGAGGAGGAGGCGGUGGCGGCGAUGAUGGCGAUGACGGGGCAGCGUGUGGAACCGGCGGCGCCGUCCGCCGGCGUCGUCGGCGUCGGGUCGCAGUGCGCCGUGUGCCGGCACGCGGCUCCAGACCGCGCGGCGCUGCUCCGCCACCUGCGCGACCGCCACGGGCGCGAGCGGCCCUUCGCUUGCCGCGUCUGCCUCUACCCGUUCACGCUCAAGGCCAACUGCGAGCGCCACCUCAAGCGCCGGCACGGCCUCACGGCGCGGCCCGACAUCGACGUCCGGAUCGAGCUCCUGGCCUCGCCGGGCGUCCUCGGGGCGGCCGUGGCCAGGGCUCACGCCGGCUCCGCGGUGAAACGCGAGCGGCCCGCGGUGUCGCGUGGCGGCGGCGGCGGCGGCGACGACGACGACGACGACGACGCGCCGCUGCUGCCUCUCGUCGCCGGCGCUCUGCCCAACGGCUUCUUGAGCACCGGCGUUUACCGUCAAGUCGGCGGCGGCGGCGGCUCAAAGAUCGCCGUCGAGCCCGACUCGCGAAUCCUGCCGGCUAACGGGCGGCCGCCGGAAUCUGGCUGGCCGACGGAGAACGGCAAGGGCGGCAUCGGCGUCGGCGCGACCGGGAGGGUGCCGGCCGACGAUGUUGGGGAGCUCGCCGUGGCGGUGGCGAAGGUGCGAGGGAGACGGCCUCGGGGCGCCGGGCUCGGGGGGCGGCACAAGCCGUACCGGUGCCGGCAGUGCCGCAACAUCUUCUCGACGCGCAGCAACGUGUACCGGCACGUGCAGAGCCAUCACGCUGAGGCCGUGGCGGCGUCCGGGGGCGACGCGUCGCACUGGGUCACCUACGUCGACCCGCCGCCGGCACCGCCGGCUCCUGCCGACUCCACGGGUAAAACGGCGGCACCGGUGGUUAUGCCAAAGAUGGAACGCGUGCACGUCAACGGAACCAGGGGAGGAGGAGGAGAAGAAGAAGAGGGGGAGGUGGCAGACGGCGGCCGCGGUGGUGGUGGUGGUGGUGGUGGUUACGCCGUGGAAAACGGGGGGUGUCGAUUCGUGGACGGCGCCAAGCCCAGCGCGGCUACCAUCUCCGCCGCCCAGCGCUCGCUCAAGAACGGGCUGCUGUUACCGGCCGGCUACUCCCGGCUGUCGGUGUUCUCCGCGGGUUCGGCGUUCCGGCCUGCGCGCUCCGCCAGCAUCCCCGCCGUGACGGUGAAGACGGAGUACUGCCCGCCGUGGGACGGCGGCGGCGUCGGCAUCAAAGUCGACGGCGACGACGACGACGACGACAACAUGGAGCCCAUCGACCUGUCGCUGCCGAAGCGGCGGGACUGCGCCACGACGGCCGCCGCCGGAGCGAACGGAACAACGACCGGAUCGGCCGUGGCGACGGCGGGCAAGGAGGAGCUGGCGCGGAAGAACGCCUCGCACUGCCUCGCCCAGCUGGCCACCAAGCACAGCCGCAUGGCCGCGCCGGAGAGGCCGGGCCCCGGGGAGGCGUUCGCUGCCGGCUCGCGUUGCGCCUGGGCGGCGGCCGCCGAGGGAGGCCUUGGCGACGCCGCGUGCCACCCGCUGAUGCAGCUGGCGUCGCUUGCGGCCGGCUCGCUGGGGUACGGCGGCGAUUGCGGCGGCGUCGGCGUCGGCGUCGGCGUCGGCGGCGGCGAGGAAUCCGGAGGGAAGGAGCUGCAGGCGCUGGCGGAACUCUCGCGGCUUUUCAUCGGCUGCCGCGGCGGCGCGACGAGGGGGAUGGUGCCCCCGGUGGCGGUGGCGAAGGCGGCGGCGGCGGCGGCGGCGGCGGCGGCGUCGAGUGGACCCUUGCGGGACGCAGAGGCAUCCUCCGUCGUGGAGGUGCCCGCGCAAGUCUCGGAGCGCCGCUCGGCAAGUCCGGACGCGUUUCCCUCCGCGAGGAGCGGCGGCGACUCGUCGGACAGACGGCAAUCGGCGGAGCCCGCCGUCGACCGCGGCAGCGACGUCUGGCGGCUGCCAUCUUCGCCUCCGAUCGCAGGCCCGAUCGCGGCCGCAGUCACGGCCGCCGCUUCCGAUUUCCCGCCACCGAUCGCCAAGCGCCAGCGGAAAAACAAUCGCAGAAAGUCCUCCGCCGUCCUCGAUACACCCCCGGGCGGGCGCCCGUCCGAAGACGGCGGCGAUUGCGGCGAUUGCGGCGGCGGCGGUGGCGCCGCCGAUUUCCCAGCCGGCAGCGAGAGGGAGGAUUCCUUGGCGGGCGAGGACGUCGUCGACGACGACGACGAGGAGGAGGAGGAGGAGGAUUCGGCGGGGGGAACGGGAGCGGAAGGGAAGCUGCGCUGCCCCGAGUGUCCCCGCACCUUCACCAAGACCAGCGCCCUGCGGCGGCACACGUUCACGCACACAGGUCAAAAGCCCUUCGUGUGCGGCGACUGCGGCGCCAAGUUCACCACCAAGUCCAACUGCAACCGGCACCAGCGGCAGAAGCACGGCGCGCCGCUUCUGGGUAGGGGGGGCGGCGCGGCGGCGCGGCUCGCGGCGGCCGCGGCGGCCGCGGCCGCGGCCGUCUCCGCCAGAAUCGCCGUCGACGUGGACGGGGCCUCGGUGUCGCUACCGGGAGGCACCGAGAUCGACGCGAAAGCGGCGGCGGCGGCGGCGAUGGCGGUCGCGGUCGACGAGACGCCGCGGCCGGGACGCAGCGGCAGGGGCCGCCCCCCGAACUCGCUGGCGCGGCGACGGGGGAGCGCCGGCAAGCCUCGCCGGAGCGGCGGCGGAGAGCCCCCCCCCGCGAAGCGGCUGCACUUGUCUCCGUCGGCGCUCCGUGCGGCUCGAGGAAACCGCGGCGGCGGCGGCGGUGACGGAGGAGGAGAAGGAGUUUCUGAAACCACGGACGCGGUUGUAGAACCCCAAAGGGAAGAUGAGAAAGCAGCCGAAGCUGCGGCGGAUGGCGACGAUGCGAUUGGCGACGAUGCCGCAAUUGGCGUUCGGUCACCGGUUGCCAACAUCGAAGAAGGCGGCGGCGGCGGCGGCGGCGGCGGUGACGCCGACCCGAAAGUCCUGAAAGUGGAAACCACGGAGCGAGACGGCAAGGCCGCGGCGACCAGAGAUGAAGACACGGUUAUCGACGAAGGCGAUGGUGCGGCCGCCGGCGUUGUCACCGCGGCCGACGACGGCCGAUCGGGUGAAGCGAUCGGCGGGGGUGACGGCUCGGGAAGCGUUUCGGCGACGGCGGGAGAUGGGGACUCACGCGGCGGUGACGACAAAGCCGCUGCGGACGAUGACUCGGGUGCGGACGACGGCGCUGCGGCCGGCGGAGAAGGUGCAUUGGUUAUAGACGUAGCUGCAGGCGCUGUUUCAGCCGGUGUCAAAGCAGCAGCAGCAGCAGGUGCAGAGGAUGGUGCAGCUGUUGAGGCUGCUGCCGCCGCCGCCGUUCCACGCGCGGGAGACGGUGCGGGUGUGGGAGGCGCAGCGGGCCAGGAAGUCGACGAGGUAGAAUCGGGCGUCGACUCGGCCGGUGAGGAAUCGGACACUGGCAGCGCGGCUCGCCCCGCACGGCUUGAAGGUACGAUGAAGCAGGCGGAGCCGCGGAGGGGGUCCACCGCUAGCGGCACGAGCGACGGUGACGUCAGCGGCGCGACAGCGGCGAGGAACGUCUCCGCCGCGGUAACGGCGGAGACGUUGGCCACGGCGCCGCAGGGUCCCGGCUCCGGCGACGACGGUGGCAUCGGCGUCAACGGAUGCGUCGACGCCUCCGUUGGCUGCGACAACGACGAUGAAGUGGCGGGGGACAACGGUGAAGAUGAGGAUGGGGACGAUGAUGACGAGGAGGAGGAAGAUGAGGAGGAGGAGGAGGAAGAAGAAGACGCUGGCGAUGGUGACGAUGACGGAGACAGGAAGGAAGACGUCGCGGAAAAAGUCGCGCCGCAAAAGCGGCCGGGCCGACGGGGCCGCCCGGCGCGACGUCACGGCUUCGGCGGUCGCGACCAUCGUCAGCAGCAGCAGCAGCAGCAAGGUGGCGGGGGCGGCAGGCGUGGGCGCAGGCAUUCCACGCGCUCGGCCGGGCGUCCCUUCAGCUGCGGCCGCUGCCUGUCCACCUUCGCAACCAAAUUCAACCUCCAGCGCCACUGCAGACGGAGGCACGGCGAUGGCGAUGGCGGCGGAGGUGGAGGACGACGUGUGCGGGACUAUGGUACAAGCGGCAAAGCCGGCGCCGGGGGAUUAGCAGGAAAGAGGGGGAGAGGUCGAGAUGAGAGAGGAGCGGGAGGAGGUGGUGGUGGUGCCGGUGGCGGAAAAGUCGUCGGCGGCGAUGGCGGCGACGUGGGUGAAGAUCGUUGCGAUGGGGCGGGGAAGGCGGCCGCCGCGGCCUCCAAGUCGUCGCCUCGCCCCGACGCCGACGCUGUCGGCAGCAGCUGAAUUUCAUCGUUGGCCAGGAAGGAGCGACGAUCUCGCAGCCCAGUUUCGUACGGGGGCCGGGGCCACACUGUGAUUGGACGAUAGCGACGUGGUGAUUGGCUUUGUGUUGUUUUACCGUUGUGAAUAAUUAUUAUUUUAUCGUCAAUCGGACGCACGCGGUGUUACGGUGGUUGCGGUGGUGCGUGUGCUACUGGCCGAAUUCGGGAACGGCAAGAUAUUUCUCUCUCUUUCUGCGAAGCGCCCGUGCGCAGUGCGGCCUGUACAUAGACGCGCGUGCGGGGAGUUUGUGUACAGGAGGUUAACUCGGCCCGAAUCCAGCAGCAGGAACCGGCGAUGCGUCGUCACAACGCACGGUCGCUAUUUUCGAGCCUAACGGGGGGGAGGGGGGGGGAGGAACCUCAACGUUUUGAUCCAAAAUUAUUCGUUUUGAAGAAAAAACUGCAAUUGAGAUGACCACGACGACGAUGAUACGAGACGCGAAUUUUAAGACAUCUUACUGUGGGCGGGGGGGGGGUGGGCGGUGCGCAAGCCGAAAAACAAAUGGCUCUUGAGGCUCCCGCAUACAAUCCGAGCGUUGCUCUGGGUCCGGUGCAGUGCAGGGAUUCAGGAGCAGUUUUGAACCAUCUCCCGUCGCAUUCGAUAUCCACGCGGGCGGCUCGGCGAUUGAAAUGAGCGCCAGGAAUUGCAACACUUUUCGUGCUUUGCCAUUGGCACACGAGGGUGAAGACGCUUCCCCAAAUUGUCGACUUACAAAACCGGUGCCUUCCGACCGCGGUCGCGCAAACUGCGGCCGCGCUCGAAGUCCGGCGCGUCCCUCGGUGCGGGCUGCAGACGGCGAGCUCGCCGUUGCGGCUCGCGAUGAGAUGUAAAUCCCGCUCAUCGUUCGCGAUGGGAAUAAACCUUGAGCAAGGGUGCUUGUGGGUGAAUGUUAGGUCGGCAAUGGCAUCUCUCAGGAAUCUUCUGCCGCCAAUUCGUCUGCCGUGGGGGGAGGGGGGGCGGGGGUGGUGGGGCGAGGGACUAGUUAGUUUGCGAUCGCGGAAACAGAACCGCGUGACCUGCUUUCAACAAAUCUGGUUUACAGCAAUCACCGCAUCAGUGGUGAUUGCUGUAAACCGACCCUUGGGUCGACUCAGCUUUACAGGUAGUACCUGUUUGUAUAUACUGUGGUGUUUCACUGGCGGUGUUGAACUGAAGCUUGUGUAGGUGAAUGGGGGUGUGUGUGUGUGGGGUGUAACAGGAAAGCCGAGCGGUUGACUUUCAAUUACUUUUGUUUUAAGGGGGCUGCCCUUGCGCGUGCGUGCGAGUGUGAUAUCACUGUCGACUUCACUGAGCAAAGAAAAAUAAAAAGGCCUGCAGAGACUGGAACCCCCCCCCCCCCCGCCACAACCACCAAGACGUUCACAUUUUGUGCUUCCUACCCUUGGGAGAAGUGGGGGGGGGGAAGAGGAACGACAAACAACGACAGAAAACG